UGUCGCCCCCCCCCCCAUCCUCCCCUAGGCACAAUAACAGCAUUCCUGUGUGUGCAAGUGCAUCACGUGCUGGCAGUAACUUACGGAGAAGCUUCCGGAGUAAAGUUAAGGUCGGAACGCGAACGAUGCCGCCAUUCGCGCACCGCGCCGCUGCCACGGCUGCCCUCCUCCUCUGCCCCCUCUCCUCCGCGUUCGUGCCUGCUUUGCCGAGCCCACACGAGCGUAGACCGUCCGCUGUUGGUUGCGGUCUUGGGGCAGCGACAACGCCGACUGUAGCUCAGACGACCUCUCCUGCGUGCUCGACAAGGCCGAGAGCAAAGAGGGGCCUGCACGCCACGGAGUUGGGUGUGGCAGCGGAUCGAGGCGGCGGGGGAGAGGAGCGCGGCGAUGAGGGCAAGGGUGGCGAAGGGAAGCCUCCUCGCUCUGUGCUGGAGCGUCCAUGGGAUGUCGAGGUCGAUUUCCACGGCGAGAGGCGGGUGAUCACUGUCCAACCUGGCGACAGCAUUUUGGAGGCGGCGGAAAUGUCGGGUAUGAACCUAUCGUACGAGUGCAGGAGGGGGAACUGCAUCAGCUGCGCGGCCAGGGUUCAGAACGGGUCAUCGAGCCACUUCGAGAAUCGGGCCGACAGAAUACCCGAAGACGGAGCUCCUGAUGGGUUCGUUCUCACCUGCAGCACCCAUCCUACCGGGCCCGGCGUUAAGCUGGAUCUGUCCGCAAACGCCGAGAUGUGGGACGUAAGACAAAAUGAGGCGUACUGCGCGCGAUUAGACGACAUUUCUACCCAAGACCUUUUGCGACAGACGUCUGCAAAGGUUAUGCGCAAGUACCGAGUGGAGCAUCCCGACUACUUUCGCGAGGAGGUGGAGCGGCAGUUCAAGUGAAAGCCGAAGGCACGAUGACCAGCAAUGCGCUUUACUCCACCUGGAUACGUCACGACGGGCAAAUAUUUUUCGAAACUGCUCGCUCCGCUGGAAGACCUCUCAUGCGCACCGCACACAUCGCUGGAGUUGCGAGGCUGAGGAGGUGGCGGUUGGUUGCCGAACCGAUUUUUGUCUGUCCCCCUUUGCUGUAGGUUGAUUGGUUGUGUAUACGCUCGCGCCGUGCGCGGGACGGGUAGGUGUUAUCCUGUGUCGGUCCAUAAUUUCUGUCAAUAAUAGUCGAUUCUCUAGACGCGUCAAAAACCCCAUCUGCAAUUGUGGGGAAUAACGAAUUCGUCGACUGUGUCUUUUGAUUUGCACACUGAUCGCAUCUGUGAUUGUUCGCCGGAGCGGCGGGAGGUUGGCAGCGUGUUGAUGUUUUUUUCGCGGGGCAGUGGUGGUGUGAGCUGAUGAUCGUCUAGCGGGCAGCGUUGGAGACGGGCCACGUGUGACGAUAAUGCCAAUACUGUACAGACAGCGAAGGCGAACUGCCCUCGACAAAAAAAAUGUCCAGAGAAGCAUGUCCCAACACAUGUCCGCCUCGCCCCUGAGAAGCAAACUGCUGUUA